AGCGGGAGCUGUGGGGCAGAGGCGCUGCUGUGAUUGGUCGGUUCCGUGAGAAGCUAGCAGGGCCGGUGCUGGGGCUUCUUCUCUUGAAGGGGCUGCAAGAGGCAAGGCUUAGCCAUGUCGUCCUUCGUCAGAAGGGUGAUCAGCACCGCGAAAGCCCCAGGGGCCAUUGGACCCUACAGGUAACGAGGCUAGUGGAAGCAGUGUCGGACCCAGGGCGUGCGGGUUCGGGGAUUCGGGGUUGGGGCCACUCCGGGUUGGAGCCCCAGCUAACACGGGAGGAAAUUGAGCCUGGAAAGCGAGCAACGCGCCCGAAGACCCACAGAGAGUUGGGAGCCACGAUGGGACCAGGAACCUGCACUCCAUGGGACUUUGCUCGUUCUGGGGCUGCCUCGCUGCGGAGCCCAGCCUGCCAGAAAGCUCUCCCUGUCAAGCUGUAUUAGUCGACAGGACCAUUUACAUUUCAGGACAGAUAGGCAUGGACCCUUCAAGUGGACAGCUUGUGUCAGGAGGGGUAGCAGAAGAAGCUAAACAAGCUCUUAAAAACAUGGGUGAAAUUCUGAAAGCUGCAGGCUGUGACUUCACUAACGUGGUGAAAACAACUGUUCUUCUGGCUGACAUAAAUGACUUCAGUACUGUCAAUGAAAUCUACAAACAGUAUUUCAAGAGUAAUUUUCCUGCUAGAGCUGCUUACCAAGUUGCUGCUUUGCCCAAAGGCAGCCGAAUUGAAAUUGAAGCAGUAGCUGUCCAAGGACCACUGACAACAGCAUCAUUAUAAGUGGGCCCAGUGCUGUGUAGUCUGGAAUUGUUAACAUUUUAAUUUUUACAAUUGAUGUAACAUCUUAACCUUUUAAUUUUCACAAUUGAUGACAGUGUGAGUUUGAUGAAAAUAUCUGAAGCUAUUAUGGAAAUACCAUAUAAUAGGGAGAAUUGAACAUGAAGAUUAAAGAAGGAAUCCAGUUACUGUUUUAAAUUACACCUGUGUACACCUGUAUUACUGAAUAUAGGAAAGAGAUGCCCAUUACAUAGUUACUCAAUAAAUAAAAGAGAAAUACCAGGUAGGAAAGAAGAGUUAUUAUUCUUGAGAAAUAAUCAAGAACACAUUUAAUUCAAACUAAUGAUGUGAACUAUUUAGUUUUGAUGUCAGUUAUGUGAUUGUGCUUUUACUUGAGUAAAAUUAAAGUGUUUAAAUUUGAGGUCAAGGAGAAGAUGGUGGAACAAAAUUUUAUAUAGAUAAUAUUUUUCUAAUGGAAAUAAAAUAGGCAGAUUUCCUUUGGUGAGAUUUUGUUCACUUAUUUCUUAACAGUUUAUAUAUUAAAACGUAUUGCCUAGUGGGGGCGGGUAAAGUUAAAAUCUCCAACAAUUUCAUUUUUCAAAGCCUACUUCUGACUUCAUACACUUUUUUUGUUUGUUUUGGUUUUUGUUUUUUGUUUUUGAGACGGAGUCUCGCUCUGUCUCCCAGGCUGGAGUGUAGUGGCGCGAUCUCGGCUCACUGCAAGCUCCGCCUCCUGGGUUCAUGCCAUUCUCCUGCCUCAACCUCUUGAGUAGCUGGGACUACAGGCGCCCGCCACCACGCCCGGCUAAUUUUUUUUUUAAAUAUUUUUUAAAAUAAUAUACUUAUAGAAUGACAAAUUUGUACUAGACUUAGGGGAGGAGAAUGAAGUUUGAACUAACUUUCCUUCCCUCAGAAGAGCUUACUAUUUUUCUCACUUCUGCCAUGUGUUCCAGCAAUUGGAAAGCAUGAAAAAUAACUCCAAAUAAAGGAUUCCAUUUCAGUGAAUUAUUCAUCUAGCAUAAAUCAUAAAUUGUGGUCAGCUAAGUGCUAAUGUACUUAGGCAGAGUUGCUUACUCUGCAGCACUAAUCAAUGUUUAUGAAUAUAGCAAGAAUUACUGGAACAUUCUCUAUGACCUAUUUCUCCAGUGGAUUAAGUGCUGGCUCAUUGACUCAACAGACUUAAAGUUCUAUUGAUAGUUGUGCUUUGACUAACUUGUUAUUGCAACAAGUUUUGCAAUUAAAAAAAAAUCCCUCAUGUACAUCAACAUACUAACAGUGAUCAUCUUUGAUGAAUUAUGGGUAAUGUUUCAUCUUUUAAAGUUUAUAUUUUCUGAAGUUUCUACAAUGAACAUGUAUUGUUUUAUACUAAGAAAAAAGUAAUUAUUUUAAUAACA